AUGCAGAGCAUGCAGCGAAAGUUCGGACGCAUGACCACCAAACGGUCUGCCGAUGACAGCCAGGUCGCCGUCCUUUUGAAAGACUUCGAGGAUGCUGAUAAUCUAUUGACCAAGAUUGUUGAUUCCACCAAGGCCUGGCGCGAUGCCUGGGUAUCAAUUGCGACCUUCCAGAGCCGCAUGCUCGAUGAGUUCGACGGUCUCUAUGCCCCCAUUGUCGGCUCCAGCGAAACCGAGACCUCAUAUCGCCCGGUAGAUACCAGCCCCGCGAUUCUAGCCCGGACCAACAGACUACGAAGAGAAUACGAUGAACUGCGCGGGGACUUACAACAGGAGCUUGAAGCCGUCGAGGUGCGCAUGACACAACCCGCCGAAGACGCGAAGACCUACAUUCUCCCAAUGAAGAAGACAAUCAAGAAGCGCAAUGACAAAAAGUCCGAUUUCGAGCGCUACCAAGGCAAAGUUGAUGGCCUCAUGGCAAAGGGAAAGCGAAGCGAACGUGAUAAUGCGAACCUGGCUAAGGCGAAUUCUGAUUACGCCAUCGCUAAAGAGGCAUAUGUUGCUGCGGACGAUGACUUGCGCCAACGUCUUCCAACGCUCAUUUCCCUCCUCUUCUCCCUGGCCCCUUACAUCCUGAGAGCACAGGUCGAGAUUCAAAACCGCAUGCUUGCGCACUACUACACUGUGCUGCACACCUUCUGCGAAGAAGAAGGACUGCCAUCCCCACCACCACCAAUGGAACAAGUCAUUCAAGAAUACGAACUCGCCAACAACCCAGCAAAGGCUCAGAUCGAGAGCCUAGCUUGCCUCGCCCAGGGCAAAGCAAUCCGACAAUCGGAUCCCAACAAUCCCGAGAACAAACGGCCCUCGAUCGGCAACUCGCGGCCUUCACUGAAUUCUCGACCCUCACUGGCAUCUAUCAAAAGCCACGCAAGUAGCACUUCGGGAUUCUCCAUAUCCGCAGCUCGCAAGCCCUCUGUCGCGCCCCCCAUGCCAGGGAACAAGCCCUGCGGUACGGAGUAUCGCUCUGUAUCUCCAUCAUCAUCCUAUAUGACAGCACGUGGCUCCGUCUCCCUCGCCAGCUCCUCGGGCACAUCCCCUCUUCCCAGCGGGGGUGACUACUUCGAGCCCCCAAUGCCAGCACCAUCCCCCAUGCUCACCAACUCGCGCAACCCAAGCGCUCAGGAUAUGACCGCCGCAAUCGCAGCAAAGAAGAAGCGUCCACCGCCCCGCCCCGCGGGGCCUCUUUUCGUCACUGCUCUGUACGACUUUAAUGGACAUCAGAAUGGAGAUCUAGUUUUCCGCGAAGGAGACCGGAUCAAGAUUGUGACAAAGACGCAGAGCACGGAUGAUUGGUGGGAGGGUGAGUUGCGUGGUGUGAAGGGACAGUUCCCUGCGAACUAUGUAGAGUAA